UUUCAACACUACUAUAUAACAAAUAAUUUGAGCUAGAAGAUAGAAAAUGACAGCGGACGACGAGGUGCUCUGCUAUAACAAGGGGUGUGGUAAAGGCUUCAACCCUCAAGAAAAUGCGGAGGAUGAAUGUGUAUUCCACUGCGGAGCACCCGUGUUUCAUGAUGCCUACAAAAGCUGGUCGUGCUGUGAAAAGAAGACAACAGAUUUCACAGAGUUCCUCAACAUCAAAGGUUGCUGUAAAGGCAAGCACAACAAUGUGAAGCCGGAAGAGCCAGCAAAAGAAGAUAAGGAAAUAACACCGCCACCAGAAGCACCUAAACCACCGGAGAGGGUGGAGCGACCAAGCGAGGAGGAGCCCCUGAUUCCUCUACCUAGCAGUGUGUCUGCUUCCCUGAGGAAGUUACUCGACAAGCUUGCUGUUUCUGAUAAGAUUGACGAAGUGGUUACGAAAGAGUCGAUCUGUCAAAGGAAGGGAUGUGGGAAGGCUAAAGUGGAUGUCAGUGACGAAGAAGAUUAUGAGGGAACAUGUGAGCAUCAUCCCGGGUGCCCCAUAUUCCACGAGGGAAUGAAGUAUUGGUCUUGUUGCAACAAAAAAACUACGGAUUUCAAUGAUUUUUUGAAACAGAAGGGGUGUACGAAGGGAACUCAUCUUUGGGGAGAUUCAUCACAAAAAAAGGCGGUACAAUGCCGUUACGACUGGCAUCAAACCGGUGACACUGUCAAUUUUACUGUGUACGCUAAAAAAGUAAAACCUGAACUGUGCACCGUCAACUGUAACGCUGUUAAAUUACAAAUGGAAACUCACUUCGGAGAUGACCAGGUUUUUACAUUCGAUAAGGUCCUGGCUGGAAUAAUAGAACCUGAAAAGAGUAAAAUAACGUACUCUGCAACUAAAGUCGAGGUGAAAAUGCGAAAAGCAGAAUUCUUUGCCUGGCCAAGUACUUUCGUUCUCUAGAAGACACCAUCUGGUAACUGAAUGAUAUAAAGUUCUAGGUUUUACUACGGACUGUCACACUGUUGCUCCAUAUUCUCUUAACGGACAGGAAAACGAAAAGGAAAUUGAAUCUCCUCUCUCUCUCUUUAUAAGUGUGUGUCUGUAUCUCUUUUGUAAAGCUCUAUUUGUUUAA